AUUUUAAGGGUUUUUCUUAGUAAAUUGCCCUUUAAUUUGUCGACAUGCCCUAAAAAGAACGCCUACCGAUUGAUAGCUUACCCGAGUCUUUUAUCUGCGCGGUGAUGCGAGGCAACGAUGAUGGUCUCGGCUCUCUCGGGAGUGUUAUAAUACGCUGAUUUCGCUGCCGUUUUGACCAACCCACCCUCGUCGGAAUCGAAGCGAGUGGCCGAUUUGCUGCCGCCACCGCCUCGGUCUCCGGUGAAUACAUCGACGGCGGAGGGGCGAGCGCGGUGAUGGUGUUCGUUUGGCUCACCGCCUUCUUCCUCGUCGUGGUCCUCAUCGCCCUCGUCAUCUAUCAGCUCAUGUGCCUUGCAGACCUAGAGUUUGAUUAUAUCAAUCCAUAUGAUUCAGCUUCACGGAUAAAUAAAGUGAUAUAUCCAGAGUUUGCCUUACAAGGAGCCUUGUGCUUACUCUUUCUCUUAUCUGGAAAUUGGUUGAUGUUCUUGCUUUGUGUUCCAAAUCUUUACUACAAUGUGAGACUGUAUCAGCGACGGCAACAUCUGAUAGAUGUAACUGAGAUAUUUAAUCAGCUCAAUAGAGAAAAGAAACGGCGCCUUUUCAAGCUCGUCACUCUUGUUAUCCUUCUGUUCUUGACUUUGUUUUGGAUGAUCUGGAGCAUAUUGGAGGAUGAUGAAUAAUCGGGUGCUUACGUGAUGAUUAUUUCAUCUGCAAGGGUGGUCGACUGUUAGGUAUCAUAUCGGCCAUUCAUGCAUAUACCAUGUGUCAGCAUAAGGGAAGAUUUUUUUUUUGGUUGUUGCUUUUGUAGUAGCCUUGAUAAGCUAGCUUCUUUAUCUCUUGUUCUAUAUGAAAUUUGCUGGUGUUAAAUAACUUUUGAAACCAGAAACAAGGACAAGCUUUCAAUUGGUUUGUAAGCUCUUCUUUAGCAACUCUGAUUUUAUUUUCUUCAUGGGAA